AUGCGCUUGUGCAUUGAUUACCGAGGGAUCAACAACAUAACCAUCGAGGACAAGUAUCUGUUGACACGGAUUGAUGAGCUGUUAGAUCAACUCAGGGGAGCAAGCUGGUUUUCGAAGAUUGAUUUAGCCUCCGGCUACCACCAGAUUUCGAUCUCAGAACCAGAUGUGAUGAAGACUGCCUUUCAAACAAGAUAUGGCAAGUACGAGUUUGUAGUGAUGCUGUUUGGACUUACCAACGCUCCAGCAGCAUUCAUGCAACUAAUGAACGAAGUUUUUCAUGACUAUUUGGAUCGAUUCGUGAUAAUAUUCAUCGAUGACCUCCUUAUAUACUCGUGGAGUGUCGAAGAACAUGAAGAACAUUUGAGGAUGGUGUUAGAACGACUAACAGAGAAGAAGCUGUUUGCCAAGUUCAGCAAGUGCAUAUUUUGGCAAAUGGAAAUUGGGUUCCUAGGACAUCGAGUCUUAGAACAAGCAGUGUCCGCCGACCCAGAGAAGAUUGCCGCGAUCCAAGAUUAG